GAUCCUUUGCUUUCGGAAGAAGCUUUUAUUGGGUUGCCUGUGGACAACGCAACCACUGAUAUUGCAAUGGCUAGUGUUGAUCUGUUGAAACCAACUAAUUGGUGUAAAGAUCCACAGUUGCUUCCAGUUGCACAAGGGUCAGUCCUACACCACAUUAUUCUCAAAGGUUUGUCUGCACAAAUCACAUCAGCAGCUGAUAGAGUUGAUGCAGGUACACCGACUGCAAUGGCUGUGUCUGAUCUCAUAGCAAUAGGAACACUGCAUGGCUUGAUUCUCAUCUUUGAUCCAAAACAAGCUUUGAAACUAUGCUUGGGCAGUACUGCACAUGGUGCCCAGUAUGGAGCCAUUACAGCACUUACUUUUAACAAUGACUGCACUCGUUUACUUUGUGGAUUUGCGAGGGGACAGAUCAUUGUGUGGGAUAGUGGAACUGGCAAACUUCUCCGCACCAUUACAGAUGCUCAUCCUCCUGGUUCUGCUGUUUUAAGUAUCAAGUUUACGGUCGAACCAACAUUGGCUGUGUGCAAUGAUAGCAGCAGCAAUGUGUUUGAGCUUCAUUUCAAAAGAGCCAUUGGAACUAAAACGUGCGAAUCACGCUGCCUCUUCAGUGGUACAAAAAGUGAAGUUUGCUGUAUUGAGCCUCUGCAGAUCUGUGACGAAUUUAUGGCUCAUCCAGUGGCCCAGUACUGUCUAUUUGCCAUGGUCUCACUCACUAAGCUGCUUGUGGUGGGUCUAAAGCCUUCAUUUAAUAUCUUGUACAGAUCACCAUAUGGAAAGGCACAGCCAAGUAGUGUACCUGUGUUAGCUUGGCAAUUUGUCUGGACGCAAGAACGUGUGGACCCAGUUCUGGCUUUCUGUAGAGGAUCCAAAAUCAUUUUUUUUCAUCUAAACUGUGCAGGUGAUCAGAUCGAAUUUGCCAGCCUGAUGGAAAUCGAUCUUCAGUAUGAAAUAAUAAAUCUCAAGUGGGUGAAUUCACGAACCCUGUUGCUACAAGAUGGGUUGGAUAAGCUUCAUGUCAUCGAUCGGGAAAGUUGUGAAGAACUGGAUUCUCACAGUUUAGCAGAUGUACACCUUGUUCGGAGCUGUAGUUACUUUGAUUCAUCGGAAAGCAAGCAGACUAUAAGUCCGACAAUGCGCGAAAUCCAAGAGAAAGCGUGUUAUCAAUCCAUAUGGACUUAUGGAGGGCAAACUGUUUUCCUAGGAGCCAAGUCUGUUCAUGUGAUAUCACUAAAGGUCUGGCAUGAGCGUAUAGAUUUCCUCGUGAAGCAGGAACAGUUUUCAGAGGCACUGGCACUAGGAUGGGCAUUCCACGAAGGAACCGCAAAGGCUACUGUCGGACUUCCUGGAGAAAAUCAGAAGAAGAAGGCAUUGGUGAAAGAUAAGAUGGUUGAUGUAAUAUUGCAGUAUAUUCAAGCAACUCUGAAGAGCUGUCCUCAACACGGGAAAAUACAGGUCAUGGAAGAACACUAUCAGAAAGCAAUUCCCAUUUGUGUUGUGGCUUGUAUCCUCAUUGACAAAAUAGAUUUUCUUUGCGGUAGCAUUUACGACAAACUUGCUCCCAAUGCAGUUGCAUUUGGUGUACUCUUGGAGUGUCUUGAACCACACAUCUUAAGUAAUCGAUUGAAUGGGAUAACGCCACAGAUGGUUAAAGACCUGGUUGUCCACUUUGAAGAUAAAGGGAUGUUGGAUAGUAUUGAAGCUCUGAUAGUGCACCUGGAUGUUACAACUUUAGAUAUACAUCAGAUUGUUUCUCUGUCACGAACCCAUGGUCUAUAUGAUGUACUUGUUCAUAUUUUUAAUAAGGGGAUGAAUGAUUAUGUUACACCUCUGGAGGAAAUGAUUCAGGCAAUUGACUCAAUUCUAAAAACAGGAAAGCUGCACAGUAAGGAACUAGUUACCAUUGGAAAUAAAGUCCUGGUCUAUAUAAGCUGCUGCUUAUCAGGGAGAGCCUAUCCCCUUGGAGACAUCCCUGAAGAUCUGGUGCUUGUAGUGAAAAAGGAGGUUUUUCAAAGUUUGAUGAGAGCUCAUUCAAACAAUGCAGAGCCAGGCGAAGAACCUUAUCAUAACGUUCGUACUCUUCUGAAGUGUAAUACGAGGGAGUUCCUAAAUGUACUGGCACUGACAUUUGAAGAUUUACAAAAGGACAAACAAGCUGUGGAGUUUCAGCAAAGAAUCACUGAUAUCUUACUUAAGGUGAUGGUGGAGGGGACAGAAUUCACGCCUUCCCAGAUUGGUUGCCUCUUUACUUUCCUAGCACGUCAGCUAGCCAGAGCAGAGAGCUCCCUCUUCGUAAACAAACAACUAUUUGAUCGGGUGUUAGAUUUCCUGUGUGAUCCAGAGGACAGUUCACGCCAUGAGGAAAGACAGCAGGCAUUGCUGGAGCUCCUUCAAGCAGGGGGGAUUGUUUACUUUGAUGAAGAGAAACUAAUUUCUUUGGCUGAAAAGGUGCAAUUCUAUCGAAUCUGUGAAUUUGUGUAUGAGAGAAAACGUCUUCACAGCAAAAUCUUGAUGUGUUAUAUUCAUGAUGAGAUCAGAAAGAUCCAAGUGCACAAGUAUAUCCAUCAUGUGAUAAAUAAUGUGGAGAUGACCAAAGAUGAGAGUGUUUCAUUCAAGGAAGAAUUAUUUAAUCACAUUCAUGAAUUACUGGAAAUAAAUCCACGACAGACUGCAAUGUUAAUACUUAGGGAAUUUUCCAGCAGUAUCGCAACUAUCCUGGAAAUACUGAAAGAUCCACAAUUGCUAUUUCAGUUUCUUAAUGGGAUAUUGGAUCCGAGUACAGUACCUUGGCCUUUCCAGGAUGCCAGUCUUUUAAACGCGGAAUAUCAUGAGAAGUACAUUGAGUUGUUAUGUCAAAAUAAACCAGAUUUAGUGACAACGUUUCUCACCAUGUCCGAGAGUUACCGCCUUGAAGAAGCAAUUGAGGCUGUGAAGAAACAUCACGUACAUGAUGCACUUGCUUACCUCCUGGAGAAACAGGGAAACGUACAGGGGGCAGUCUCUGUCCUAUUGGAGAACUUGAAGAACAAGCUGAACUCACUUGCAGAAUCUUUUCAUUUCAAGCAGGGUAAUACAGAAUUAGGGGAGUUCAACACUGAAAUCCCUGGACUUUACAAUGUGCAAACCUCUCUUGAGGAAAUGAUCAAACUCUGCCAAAGGAGCUCUAGAAACCUCAACUUUGAGCAAAAAGAGGCACUCUGGUUUCCGCUACUAGAGCUAAUAAUGGCACCGUCACAUCACCUGAAGACCAAAAUAUCAUCCCCGUUUGCAGAUGGUAUUAAGUUGCUAACAAAAAUGGUCUUAAAUAGUAUAACAGACCACAUCCCACCAACAGCAAUACUGCAAAAAGUCAUACAGGAUCCAGGUUACAGCAUGGGAAAAUUUGGAGAUGUAAGAGACCUAACCUUAGGGAUGCUGGAUACAUUUGUUUAUGAGCAGAUUGCAACAAAGGCCACUCGGCAAACGCCAGACAAAGAAAAGACUGAGGAUGGUAUAUUGGAUCCUAGACAGAUCGCUACAUUUGAUCAUAUGAGAACAGUGUUUGAAAAUCCUUCAAGACUUACCCUGCUGCUGGAUCUUGCCAGACACAAUGCUGCAGUUACAGACAACACCAAAAUAGUCCCAGUGGAAUCAAUCCAUUACUUUAAUCAAUCCAGCAUCAUUCGGAGCAAAAACUUCCAGCUACAGCUUGUUCCACCCCCAUUAGUGGACUAAUCCUGCCUCAGAAACCUAAAUGUAUGCAUUAUGCUACUGAAUGACUGAAAUCAUGAAUGUGUCAUGGGUACAAGUUGAAUCUUGUGCAGGAAGAAGCAUUUCGAUUUAUAGAUAGUAGUGUAAGUGGGUAUCCAUGUUUGGUAUUUAGGUUUCAACGUUUACAUGAAGAAAACUCUUGAUUUUCUUGUUUUUUCUGUAAUUCUGGUUUGCGAUCACAACAAAAAAAUCUUCCAGUAUGUUACAAGCAAAGGAGUUUAAAAGCAUUAACAACCAGCUGUGGUUUACUUUCGUACAUUCAAAAGAUUUUUCCGAACAGACAUUGAUGUGGCUGGUGCACUUUACUUUUAAUAUGGUGCACCGUGGAUUUGAUUUGAAAUGACUAAAUAAAUAUUUGUGGCUCACAGUUGGUUAACGUGGAUUGUUCUACAUGAUUCAAAGCCCUAUUAAAAUGCUGCACAGCAAACCUUAAGCAUUGCUCAGAAAGUUCAAUAAACCUUAGAGGAUGAUACGUUUUGAUUUGCACCAUUUGAAGAAAUUCACAUUUGUUUUAUUUUCUAGUUCAAUGUAAAGAUUCA